AACGCUUUUUCUUUUCUGUCAAAAAUGUAACCCUAGAGAAUUCUCAAAGCUGCUUUACGGCCUAAAAGUCAUCAUCGCUAGGCACUUUUCCGAAAUUAUCGCUAGGCACUUAUAAGUUAUAACUUUGGAUCUAAUCUUCUAUACGAGUGAGUAGGCACAAUAUGCCGAGAAAGACCAGCAUGGAUGGUGCACUAGAAUCGAUUUUUGUUCUGAGAGCAUGGCUCGUCGUUUUUGUGGUGAUUGGUAUUCUUGGCAACUGGAAACUAGCUAAAGGAGACAAUAAUCCUGGAUUCAUAAGCAUUGAUUGCGGGGCAGAUAGCGAUUAUGUGGAUGAAAGCACUGGUAUAUUUUACAAGUCAGAUACAAGUUUUAUAGAUACUGGGGCAAAUAACGAUAUAUCCCCUGAGUACUACUAUUCAAAUCCUGUUUAUGCACGGCAAGCGAAUACUCUGAGAAGCUUUCCGCAAGGAACAAAGAAUUGUUACACCUUGAAACCUAAACAGCAAUUAUCUCAUCGGGGCUUUCUUUCAAUAUGGAAAUUACGACAACAAGAAUCAAAUUCCGAAAUUCAACGUAUACAUUGGGGUAAAUUACGUAUACAGUGGAAUUAA